AUGGCUGUACACAUACCUAUUACUUUUGAAGCUAGAACUGAAGCUUGGAAAUUAAUGUUAGCUAGAAAUAACUUAUUAUCGCCAGCAACAGGAGAUCCUAUUAUAUUACCAAGUCAAGAUAUGGUUUUAGGUUGUUAUUACUUAACUACUAAUUGCUCUGAAAAAUGGAGCAAAUCAAAAAAAGGAUCAGGGAUGCAUUUUCAUAAUAUUAAUGAUGUUUUAAAAGCUUAUUAUCAACAAUUAAUACAUAUCCAUGCUAUUAUUUGGGUUAAUUUAACAGGACAUAUUGAAAACACCAAUACUUUAGAAACACCAUUGGAAAUUCGUAUAACAUUAGCACAAUUUAAAGGUAACAAACUUUAA